CUAAAAACAGUUCCAUUUCCAUUUUUUUUCUCAGAAACAAUGAAAAUGUUACUUUGGUCAGUGGUUGUUUUAAAUUACAGAAUGAACUACAGAGUGUCUCCAAACACCAGAUGGCAGUGGAGUUCAUGUAUAUUUAGUGUGUUCUUCUCUUUUUACAGUGAACUAGAAGAAGCCACCAGUGAGAAGAAACAAACCUGUGAUUCCUGGUUGGACUCUAUUAUUCAUCCAGAACAUUUCUGUUCCUGAAACACCAGGAUAAUGGCCAAUAAGAAAAAAGUAGUGGUGACAGGGUUUGAGCCCUUUGGUGAGCAUGCUGUGAACUCGAGUUGGGUGGCAGUCCAGGAAUUGCAGCAAUUAGGACUGGGGGAGAUGGUAGAUCUUCACGUGUGUGAGCUGCCUGUUGAUUAUCAGGCUGUUCAAGACAUUUUACCGUCUCUGUGGAAAGAACAUCAGCCCCAGCUAGCUGUCCAUGUAGGUGUUUCUGGGAUUGCAACCUCAGUCACUUUGGAGCAGUGUGGCCACAACAUGGGCUAUACACGUCUGGACAACCGCAGUUUCUGCCCUGCCUCCCACUGCUGCAUGGAGAACGGACCAGACUACAUAAAAUCAGUUAUAGACAUGGACACGGUGUGCAAAAGGGUAAACGGGUCAAACGUCGGGAUAACUGUGUCUGUAUCUAAGGAUGCUGGAAGGUAUCUUUGUGAUUACACCUACUACACCUCACUGCAUCAAGGCCAGGGGUGCUCUGCAUUUGUCCAUGUGCCUCCAUUAGGAGGGCCCUACAGCAGUGAGGAGCUAGGCAGAGGCCUUCAGGCUGUUGUAAAGGAAAUGCUGAACUUGCUUGAGGUUGAUUACAAUGAAUGGGGAAAAAGACAAACAUUGCCAUCAUAAGCAAUGACACUAAACAGGAGCCUUACUAACCCACUUACAUUUUGUAGAAAUUAAUGAAAAGAGUUGAUUUUGUUGUAUGAUUAAAAAAAGUCAAAACAAGUGGAGACUGCAAUAGUGAUUUGUAUAUAUCACUAGUUUAAAGUGAUACAAGCAUGAUUUUUUCACUUUAGUUCAUUUUUUAAGUGUUUAGCACAGUCUAUCAGUGACAGUAGUGUAAAGGCACAAUAAUCUCAGGGAAACUGCAAUGGAAUCAGCACUGUGCACUUGACCUAAUAAAUGUGCUCGUUAUUAUGCAUUUAUUGUCACAUUGCAAAGCAAAUCAGAUACAUUACUGUGAAGAAAUAAAGUACUUGUUGGUGUAUAUUUUUUGUGGUUAGCUCUUGUGCUUGUUGGUUAUUUAAUAACAUAUGGAGCAUUAUUAGCCUUCAACAUAAACAUCCUGCAUGUACAACAACAACAGUCUCCCUGCUGGCCAGGUAGGGAAAUAUGGAAAUUUGGGCCAGUAUCACUGUCUGAUAAUAGUACUGUCAUUUUAGCCAAUAAUAUUUACAAAUAUCAUAUGUACUAUAGUUUUCUAUAUCUUCGACCAUGUUGAAUACAUUGCUUCUCAGCAUCAGUUAAACAGAACCUCCAGGUUCAGGUUCUGAUGGAUUAAAUAAACAAAAAAAUUAACACUUUCAGUGAAGUAAAUAAUGAGCCAAUCAAUGAUUACAGUCAGUUGUCAGUGAAGUGGUUUCAGUGCUGCUGUCAUGUUUGGAUCUAGUUUUUUAACCCACAUGCAGAACAAGACAGGAGCAAAGAAAUCAGUAGUAUAAUGUUUAUUGAAUACAAUUGAGCAAAAUAAGAUGGAUCAGGGUCUUCCCAGGGGGUGGGGGGAUCACGGAGUCGCUGGCAUACUGAAGGACAACAGAUAAAAU